GUCAGGCUCAUAGAGUGCAGGCAUGUCAGCAAUUUGUUUUUUUUAAAAAAAGAAAAACUUGUGAUCAUUGCAAAUUUCUAAUUGAAGGCUUGAAGUGGCUAAGGUCGUUGCAUUUUUGUUCUUUUGCAGAGUUGUAGGAUUUAAAGCACUUUCUGGUGCACUGAGCAUCUUGCAACUUCUCCAUGGAGCAGAGCACAGGCAGCUGCAUGCGCAAUUCGCAUUCCGGGGCCACCGUCUGGGGCUGUAUGAGAAAUCCACAUUCCGGGGCCGGCGUGCCCGGCCUGCACCAUUACCCGUCGCCUUUCUCCUUCUACAAGAAGUCCGACCCCGCCGAUUUCACCGCCUACUCGGAAUUCACGUCGCCGUGCCUGGUGUCGGCGGCGCACGGCUUCCCCGCGGAGGACCGGGUUUACGUGGACCACCACCCGCCCAGGUUCCCCCGCUCCGAGUGGCACCUUCCGCCGCCGCCGGCCCCGCCCCCUCCCGCCCCGACGGCGGCCAGGGAGAGACAAACCUCCUGCCUGUCCGCCAGCUCCGCCAAUUUCGAAACCGGUGGAAACUCGCAAGCGGCCGGCUGCCUCAGCGCUGGGGAUUACAGUAGCCCGCGGGAUAUCGCGGCAUCCGACAUCGACAAGAAAGUAACCAAAAGGAAACGCGACGUUUUAGAAGCUCAAGAUUCAAAUUACAAGUCAGAGUCUAACAACAAGGCCAGAAAAGAAAGGACAGCAUUCACUAAAGAACAGAUUCGAGAAUUAGAGGCUGAAUUUGCCCAUCACAAUUACCUGACCAGACUCCGGCGAUAUGAGAUAGCAGUUAACCUGGACCUCACAGAAAGACAGGUAAAGGUCUGGUUCCAGAACCGAAGGAUGAAAUGGAAACGUGUGAAAGGUGGACAACCCAUUUCACCACAGAGUCAAGAACCAGAUGAUGUAGACUGCGUGACUCCUGACUCCGAUAUCAGGAAUGCAGAUGGAAAGAGCCACAUGGUGGGCUUAGUGGACAAUAAAGAAACAAUACAGGACAGUAUCAGAUAAAUCCAUUGGCCAUGUCCAUGAGUUCAGACUUUAUAGUGCCUUUAGUUGGGGGACGUCAUGUGUUUAAUGUCAGAUGGCAAUAUUUUCAACCUUCAAUGAAAAUUUGAACAUCACCUUGGACCCAAAGCUUCUAAACCAAAAAUUCAGUGCUUAUUGACUAUGAGCAUUACACUUCUUUAUUAUAACAAAGAGGGAUCAGAAUUAGAACUGGAAAUCUGUUGUUGCAUUACUCAUUUCAACAAAAUGUUGUUUAUUUUGUAUUCUUAAAGAAAAAUUAGCUUGCAGGUGUGUUGUGUAAAUAAUGCAAAAACUUCAACUCAUACCACAAUAAGUUAAGUAACAGCAUAUAGAUUUAUGAAGAUAAAACCAUGAUUGGAAAUGCACAGUUCCUCUGUAGUAGCAAUUUUUCCAACAUAUAUUA